AUGGGAGAAGUGAUGGCAACCACAGAGAGAUCCGCUUAUGAAGACGAGGUCAAGAGGAAUAUUUGUCGCAUUAAGCAUAUCGUGGACCAAACCAUAACCAUCUGUCCAUCCAUUGCGAACCUGGAGUUCCCGCUGACGGCUAAUAUGAUGGCCCUCUUGAACGUCACUUAUUCCCAUCAAAUGAAUCUUUACUACCGUUUUGUGCAUCACUUCCCGAUGGAUGCGAACCGACAUUUCGUGCACUUCUUGGACACACAGAUCGUACCUCUUUGGCCGAAGGGAUGUAUGACUCGCCAGAAACUCAUCCACGCCAUCAGUGUCAGCAACGGCUCCCAAUUGAGUGGCAUUCCCGGCGCACAACCACUUCAUACACCGCACACACCACUGACCACCACAUCGACGCCAACGGUAGUGGUGAGUAACGCACCGGAAGUCACCACCGCAUCCAACACUGUGGCUAACGCUGAGGUGAUAGAGCUAACCGGCAAAUAUGUGUUCACCGGAUCCGAUGACUUUCUCGUUAAGAUCUGGUCGACCAUUGAGUGCCGACUGAUUGCCACACUUCGCGGACACGAACACGAGAUAACAGACAUUGCCGUGAAUUACGAGAACAGUCUCCUGGCGUCGGGAGACAUCAAUUAUCUCAUAUUCAUUUGGUGUCUAAAGUCGACAAAAGCCCUACAAGUGCUUCGAUGCCAUCAGCAACAGAUCACAUCCCUGUCCUUCUGUCCGCUCUCUACAGUAUCGUAUUUGGUGUCCACCGGAGAUGACGGCCGCAUCUGCUUCUGGAAGUACAGCGCAGUCACGAAACUCUUCGAUGAAAAACCUGAUCCACAGAUUGUGGAGCAGAAGCUGAAGCGGUCGGGUAUCUCGUGCUCGUCCUUCUCGGCCGGCGGACACCUAUUGGCUGUCGGUUCCACUGAUUCUCACGUCACGAUCUAUAAGAUCAGUGACACUGAAGUGCCACAGAAGAUGGUGUCAAUGAAGUACCAUUCGGGACAUGUGGACAGAAUCCAUUUCAGUCACAAUAGUCUGCGGUUUGUGUCCGCGAGUACUAACUUAAUGCAUGUGCUCACUGGACAUGACGACGAGGUCCACGUGAUUCAAAGUCACCCCAAUUUGUCUCAUGUAUUCCUAUCGGCCGGUUAUGACUCGAAAGCCAUUCUCUGGGAUCUAUUGAAGGGCCGACCCAUCAAAACAUUCAAUGGACUGAAGGGAAGGGCUAUAUUGGACGCGGCGUUCAGUCCUGACGGCCGAAUGUUUGGCACAUCUGACUGUUAUGGCCGGUUGUCUCUGUUUGGUUGCGACCCUCCGGAGCCCUACAAUGCGGUCCCAAAUGAGCUAUUCUUUCACUCCGAUUAUCACCCGAUAGCUAACGUUCACCACAAAUCGAUGUUUGUCGACAAACUCACGAAACUAGAGCCACACCUUCUGCGCAUACCAUUCCUGGUGGACCUCAAUGGGUGUCAAUACCCACCAGACGUUCAGUUCGUAGUCCCCGGCAGAGAGUCGACGCUUUACCACCAAAACGAGCCGUACGUCUGUUUCUCUGAUAACAAAACAUUAGUUUUGGGACCGGUAUUCGAGUGCAACGACACGUCGGCCACCGAAUCGUUUUUUGCCGAUAGAGUCAAACACUUGAUCGACAUAUUAGGCACUCAUAUGACUCGAUGGCAAAUGUCUGAGAUUUUAUUUAUUAAUUACAUCCGAAUACUGGAACACAAGAAAGAUAUCAAACCUUUCAAAGAGUUCUUUGAUUUAUUGGUUAAGUUUUUGGUUUCAAAAGUAACUGCCGAAGAGUUUUGCUCUGAACUAAAUCUAAUCAUACCGUGUCCGCCCUCUUACCUCAUGGUUCCAGUUCUUAAGAGAGGACUCAAUAGGCUUGAGUCCAAUAGCAAUAGCUCUGAAUCCGAGCCCACUAUUGAUUCAAAUCCAACGAUUCUAACUCUCAAUUCGUUUUCAAUUGAUUUUAUUAAUGAAAACUCUGGUCAUUCGUUAAACUCUGCCACCAAUGCAUCCAAAGGCGAUCUCAACGAUAGUAUCACUUAUUUGUCAAACAAUACCAUUACUGCCGAUGUGUUCAUCGCUAAAGUCAAAGAACUUCUCGAACUCGAGAUAACAAAAGAAGAUUAUUCACUACUUUUGAAUAAAACAUUGCCUAAGUUAAGGCAUUAUAUGAUUAAAAACAUGAUAUCUCUGGACGGCAUCUCAUGCGGACCAUUAGUGGCGCCCAAAAGUGACCGCAAACUAAGUUGUGGUCAACAAUCGGAACACAAUUACUCUAACUUAAGAUACGAGGAAAGCAAUGAUAAGCGGACUCUCUAUUUGCGCGAUAAGACUAAGAUUACGGGUCACUAUAAGGAACAGGGAUGGAAA